AUGGCACUCAACCGAGAACAUUUUCGCGCCAUAACUUAUUACAACUUUCAGAGACAAUUAUCGCAACAAGAAUGCGCUGCUGAGUUACUGACUGUUUUCGGCAACGAAGCGCCACAUCAGUCGAUAAUUUCCCGUUGGUAUGGAGAAUUCAAACGUGGACGGGUGAGUCUUAGCGACGAUCCCAGGGUGGGUGCACCAAAAACUGCAGUCAUCCAGGAAAACUUCGAUGCUGUGCGCAAACUCAUCAUUGAAGAUGGACAUGUGACAUAUCGCGAGAUUGAGGCGUCCUUGAAGAUCUCAAAUACCUCAGUUCAAAAAAUUUCACAUGAAGAAUUAGGAGUAAGAAAAUUAGUUUCUCGUUGGAUACCCCACCUGUUGACUGAAGAGCAGAAAGCAGCCAGGGUUAAUUGGUGUCAAAAAACGCUUGACCUUUUCAAUUCCGGAAACUCAAAAAAUGUGUACUGCAUUGUUAGUGGUGAUGAAUCGUGGAUUUACUGUGAAGAAAAGCCAACAAAAGUCAUCCGUUCUCGAAGUGUUUCGAAAAGGAUGGUCGCGACAUUUGUGUCAAAAGCGGAUUGGUAUACCACCAUUUGUUUGCCAAAAGUCAUCACCGAGCUUCGAAAAAUCAACCCCGAAAGAAGAAUCAUCCUCCACCAAGACAAUGCAAACUGGCACACAGCCCAAAAAAGAAGGCAGUAUUUAACGGAAGAAAACGUGGAAUUAUUGGACCAUCCUCCAUAUAGUCCCGAUCUAACUCCUAACGAUUUCUUUACUUUCCCGAAAAUUAAAAACAGACUGCGUGGUCAAAGGUUCCAGUCACCAGAAGAAGCAGUUGACGCAUUCAAAAAUGCCGUUUUGGAUCUGCCACCAAACGAGUGGAAUAAAUAUAUUAAUCUUCGUGGAGAAUACUGGUGCAGACAACGGUCACUCUGGGAUCAGGAAUGGAACAGUAUUGUCAUUAGUGACGAGUCUCGAUUUUGUUUAGGCAUGCACGAUGGUCGUGCCAGGGUUAGAAGGCGACGUGGUGAAAGGAGGAAUCCACAGUUUUUUGUCGAAAGACAUGUUCAUCACACUGUUGGAGUUAUGGUUUGGGGUGCUAUAGCUUAUGGUUCCAGGUCAUCUUUAAUCUUCAUCAGAGGUAACAUGAACGCGCAGCGUUAUAUCCACGAAGUUCUAGAACCCCAUCUUUUACCCUAUCUUGACACCCUGGCAGAUCCAACUUUCCAACAAGAUAAUACCCGACCACAUGUUGCAAGAGUCACAAUAGACUUCUUUCAACAUAAUGAUGUCACAUUGUUACGAUGGCCACCAAGAUCUCCCGACUUAUCCCCAAUUGAGCACGUGUGGGAUAUGAUGGGUAGGAGAUUGCUCAAUUUGCAACGUCCUCCUCAGACUCUAGAAGCACUUCGAGAGGAGUUGAUGGUUGCCUGGAAUGAGAUACCACAGGAAGACAUUGACCACCUGAUCAGAAGCAUGCCUAGGCGCGUUGGAGAAUGCGUAGCACAUCAGGGUGCAUCCACACAUUAUUAA